AUUACGUGUAGAGCUUCGUUAUGAGGCGUGCUUAAAUGCGAUACCGUCCGAUCCAUUGAUAUGAUUGUUGUCGGAGAGAGACUUGACUGGAGCAUAGUUUUCUAAGCAACGGUACACAAACAAAGAGAACAAGAAAAAACUUCUGUAUAUUUUCUAUCUAUUCUCAAUGCAGCUACAGGUGAUUGGUGACCCUACUACCCUGAGUUAUUGGUUGAACUGGAGGGUCUUGCUAUGUGCAAUAUGGGUCUUUACAUCCAUGUUAAUAGCAUCAUUUAUAAUAUGGAGAUACGAAUAUUUGGGACGUAGAGACUCUUACAAAGAGGGGACUCUGCAAGAGAAAGCUUGGUUUGUGGGUGAGGAUGAUUCUUGGAAGCCAUGUGUGAAAGAAGUACACCCCAUUUGUCUGAUGGCUUUCCGGAUAUUUGCAUUCUGUUUGCUUUUGGGGGUUAGCAUUGUUGAUGUUGUUGUCCAUGGUGGUGACUUAUUUUACUAUUAUACACAGUGGACUCUUACUUUGGUUACCAUUUAUUUUGGGUUUGGAUCACUGCUCUCCAUUUAUGGAUGUUACCAGCAUCAGAAAAUAUGUAGCGGGAUUAAUGUCCAUCAUGUGAGAAUGGAUGCAGAGCAAGGAUUAUAUGUGCCUUUCAUUUCUGGGGAACCUGUGAAUGGAAUCGGAAAAGUGAAAAACUUGGAUCAUCAUGGGAAAAAUUUUGUUCUUCAAACUGCUAGAAUUUGGGGCUAUAUGUUUCAAGUUUUGUUUCAGAUUACUGCUGGUGCAGUGAUGCUGACAGAUAUUGUAUAUUGGUUCGUAAUUUUUCCUUUCCUUAACAUCAAAGAUUACGAACCGAAUUUUUCAACUGUCGUUGCACAUUCUGUCAAUGCCAUUACACUUCUUGGUGAUACAGCUUUAAAUUCCUUGCGGUUUCCAUGGUUCCGGAUUUCUUACUUCAUCUUACUGACUGGUUUUUACGUCAUCUUCCAGUGGAUUCUGCAUGCCUGUGUCUCAAUCUGGUGGCCAUACCCAUUUAUGGACUUAUCAUCAUCAUAUGCUCCAUUAUGGUACUUGGUGGUGGCAGUAAUGCAUAUUCCAUGCUAUGGGAUCUUUGCCUUACUCGUGAGAAUAAAGCAUUAUGUGUUUUCUAGAUGGUUUGCUCGAUCAUAUCGGUGUUAGCGAUAAAAAUUGUAUGCUUGACCCCUCCAAAUCCACAAGUAUUGUUGUCUUUCAAUUGCAAUUAGGAGGAACCUGACUGAACAGAGCUGGUUCUUUUGAAGGUUCAACUUGAGACACUCAAUACCUGGAGUUACUUGUGUCAUGCUUUCCCUUAUUAUUUUCCGCGUUGGGAAGAGAAACUGUCAUACACUAUAUGAAUAUCAUCAGAUUAUUUUGUACUUGUUAUGCACUGAAACGGGUAUAAUCUGGCGAUCCUUUGAUAUAAAAGAAAAGAGAGGAAAGGAAAAAGGAAAUCGCUAUGUCAGGUGUGUUUUGGGUUGAGGUGGGUUCAUGUCUAAGAUGGUGGAACUGAAACUGUUAUAGGGCCAUAAGUUUGAUUGGAAUCCCAGUGUUGGUGAUGUUUCUCAUCAUUCCUUUCUUUAAUAUUAUUAUUAUCAUUCUUGCUUUUGCUGUUCAGGUAUCAUUGCUUGGUAGAAUGGGG